AUGUGUUUGAUGUGGCUGAAUGGACAUCCAAUGGUCAGCAAACACCUUUGCCCACGUGCUCUCUGGGGAACCUAUCUAGGCUUCUCCAACACCCCAUGGGCUAUUAAGGGACAUAAGGUGUGGCUCCUGAAUCUUGACCAGAUUGUCAUCACCAAGGAUGUUCACUUCUCAGAGUUAGACCAUCCAGAACCUGACGCUGCUCCCUCGCACACACCCAUCCUUGCAGGGGACAACAGAUUACUUCAUUCAUACAUGUGGCUUCCACCAACAGAGACUGACAACUAUGGGGGCGUUGAACAGGACAACGUCAUACCACCCUCAUUAUCUCAGUUUUCCUGUCAGCACAGACAAGCAUCACAGCCAGCACCAUCAGAUACACCAAGCUAUGACUGGGAAUGGGAUCGCUUGAUGGCAGAAAUCGAAGCGGCCAGCGAGACCAUCAUCAAUAUUGAUGCAAUCACUGCAGACCUCGAAGCAGAGCUGGAUGCUGUACAGUCCAAAAGGGGGGAUGUCAUGCAAGAAUCACCACACAUCGACACCCUGGACAUGGCGCCACUACUCGAGAUGCCUCCUAGUGAUGCGGUUGCUGAUAUAUAUGAUAACAUCUCUGUAAUAGAACAUGAGUUUGCAUCCUUUGCCACGACAUGUUCGGAAACCCACAUGACUACCAUCGGCAACCAUCACAUUGAUCGCAUGGCAUACACAGUCACCAUGAUGAAUGGGACCACCCUCAUCACCAGUGGUCAGCAACUCAGAAGUGCUGACAGUAUCCUAUUGGAACCUUCUUCACUCAAUGAGGCAAAGUUACAUGAUGAUUGGCACAAAUGGCAAGAAGCAAUGGAGAGUGAGAUGGGUGGCAUGAGUAAAAUGGGUGUCUUUGAGCUAGCAAACAUUCCAGCAGAUGGUAAGCUCAUCAGAGUUCGCUGGGUAUUCAAGCUCAAGCUCAAUGCUCAGAGACAGGCAACCCAGUACAAGGCUUGA